AUGUCGUUUAUGCGCGGCGAUCUGCUGCAGAAGGCGCGGCUGCUGAUGCGCGGCGGCGUGGUCGACCCGCCCAAGUGGCUCGACGCGCUCUCCAAAGUGCCUCCACAGCCCAAGGCGCGGCGCUGCCCCAAGGCCCGGAGGAUAGAGUUCCCAGAGGACCCUCUAGUGGAGUCGUAUUACGCAAGACACCCUGAGGCCAAGCUGCAGGCAUACCGGCUGCAGGGCUUCGACCCGCCAGUGGCUCGGCGGUUCGCGUGGCGGCAGCUGGAGCUGAUGCAGCAGCAGGGACUGACCAAACGACAGGCCAGGGAUGCUGUGGAGGCGGAGUUCACACGGGCGGAGCAGGAGGAGGAGGAGCGGGCGGUGCAGGAGUGGCGCCGGGCCAUUCGGGAGGGGCGCCAGCCGGCAGCAGUGCGGUGCAGUGCGGUGGAGGAGGUGCAGCAGGAGGAACGCGCUCACAUGCUAGCAGGCCUUGAAGCCAUGGGGGCUCAGCUCGAGGCUGCUGCUGCCGAAGCUGAGGCGGAGGCUCGGGCUGCGCAGAGAAGCGUUGGGAGAUAG